AAUAAAUUUGUUAGUCUCUAAGGCGCCACAAGGGCGCCUCAUUGUUUUUGCUGAUACAGACUAACACGGCUGCCACUCUGAAACAUUGCUCAAGAGUCAUCCCUCCUUUUCCUCUGCUGUCUCCUUUGGCUUUGACUCAAUUCACUGGUCAUCAGAAGAUUAUCUGAUGACAAAUAAUCUAGGGAUGUAAAAUGUUAACUGGUAAGCAUUAGUCCAACUGGUUAACCCACCAUAACAGUUAACUCCUGGCCCCAGUCGUGCCGGAUUAACCGAUUAAGCAGCUGGGGUCAACCAUUUAAACAAAAUAUUUUAAUUGUUUGAAUGUUUAACUUUUUAAUUGGUAUUUACAUCCCUUAAAUAAAGCAAGAUUAAAAUAGAGCUAAGGAAAAUAAACUGCAGCAUAAUAGGCAACCCCGCGGGGAAGGUAUUGGGCCGUUCUUGAGCAAUCCUUUCUAAAACUAUUGAGACUUUAACAACGUUUUAAUAGUAAUACACAACAUCUGGAAUUGUGAGCAUUUCUAGCUUCACUGAAAUACAAAACAGAAAACUUGCCCAAGAUCCCCCAAACAUUAGCACUGGAAUGGCAAUAGCUGGAGUCAUUUUAUUUGCAAAGAGUAUUAAAUUGACAACAAAAUUUACGAGUGCUUUGGAUAUACCAGUAGAAUUUAUAGAAAAGAAUGUGAAACUACGAGGAAGGUUAUGUCACAUAACUGAGAAAGGACUAGAAGUUGAACAUGUUCCCAUUAGCCUUCCUUUCCUGUCAUCAUUACAGAGAAAAUGUCAAUCAAAUGGUGUUUUGCUGGUCAGACUUGCUGGAGUGGAGCUGACACCGAAUGCUAUGGUCUGGUUACAGGAAGAGUUAAAACCUGCACAAAUGAUGUGGUUCCAGCUUCUUGGAAGGGAGGAUUUGGUGCUUGAUUGCCUCAUUUUAGUAAAUAAGGGUAGAUUUUUCAGUGUGUGUCUGAAUGAAGAGAUCUUGAGACAAGGGCUUGGCAAAACAACACGUAUUGAAGGACUACAUCAUGACUCUCCAUUAUACUGGAAGCUUCACAAAAGACUACUUCAAGCAGAACUAAAAGCCUUGAAGAAAAAUAAGGGAAUAUGGAAAGAAGAAAGUUACUUUGAAAAACUUAGAGAUCAUAUAAGUAAUAAUAAAUUUGUACAGAAGUUAAAACAAUUUGCAAACUGGCUACGAAUACAUAUUUAAAAGUGAAACAGGAAGGACUUAGCUGGAAAACUGCUAUUUGGACAUGGAUGAGUGUCUCUUUGGUGUGUGCUUUUUAUUAACGAUGAGCUUAUGAAGGAAAGCCUAAGCCUUGAUUUUUGAGGCUUCUGCCUUAAGGAAAAAUAUAGAAAAUAGUCCUAGUAAUGUCAUUUAAAGAGAUGUUUAAAUAUAGUAUAAUUCUUGUAUAAGAAUAAACUUCAGCAUGAUGAUGCCUGCUAAAGUGUGUUAAGGCUAACAUUAUUCAAAUAUAGGAGCCAAAAGUUAUGCUUCUAAAUCCUUAAUUUAGGCUCCUAAAUAAGUGGUCAGAUUUUCAAGAGUGCUGAACACCCAGAUGACCCCAUUUACCUCAGUGGAAAUUAUUGAAAAUCCUAUUUUUGAAGAUCUGAAAUAUUCAUGUACAGUGUGACACUUUACUUACAUUGCUGUGGAAUAUAAUACAAUAUGCAGGAGAACUGCUUGAACACGGAAUAUUAAUUAUUAGAUAUCACCUAAAGAAAAUAACUUUCCAGUACUUCUGCUUUCUUGGACCUUUGUUGUACGUAAGUGUUUUUGUUUGAGUCCAAUAUAAGGGAACACAUAUGUACUAUGUUUACUAUUUGUGUAUUUUAAAAGUUUAAUAUGUUGAAUAGCUAGUUCUACUAUGUAAUUAAUAGAAAAGAUGACUUGACACAGCUGAUCUUAAAAAGAAGAGGGUAUAGAAGUUCCUAACCACAAGAAUUUAAAUUUAGAAACACAGUAGGUGAGCAUAAGUUAGUACGUCAAUAAACUACUUAUUUGGUUGUAGUAUAAAUACAUUAGUUUAUACAUUUGUAAAGAAUUGCAGAAUUUAAAGAUUAUAAUCUGGUGGAAGUGACCUUUUGAAUAUUCAUUGUUUGUUUCUAUAUCUAGGUUAAAUCAAGUGAAUUAUACAUGUUUUGUAGUCAAGAGCACUAAACUCUGUGCAACCUUAAAAAUUAAACAUGGCACAUUAAAUUUC